GAUCAAGAUUGUCCGCGUAAUAAUUUAAGUUGCACAAUCGCCGAAAGAAUAGUACAAAAUAAUAUUAUUAUGUCCGCAGCAAUUGAAGUUGGGCGCGUUACGACCGUCCUGAACGUACAAACGGUCGACAGUAUUGAUUAAAGUGUCUGCUGGUGUAUUUUUUUUCAAAAUAAUGCCGCUGAUGGAUAUAUUGUCUACGUUGGGAGACAACCCUUAUUUCGGGGCAGGUUUCGGAUUGUUCGGACUCGGCCUGGGAGCCGCCGUCCUCCGAAAAGGUGCCACCACCGGUCUUAUAUUGUUUCGACGGAAUUUCAUGAUGACGCUGGAAGUGCCAUGCCGCGACAAGAGCUACCAAUGGGUUUUGCUGUGGAUCACCCAGAAGGCUGCUCGGCGUACUCAACAUUUAAGCGUCGAGACUACUUUCGAGCAAAUGGACACGGGCCGUGUGAACACGACCUACCAUUUUUUGCCUAGCAUCGGAGUACAUUUAAUUGAAUACCAAGGUAAAUUUAUUCAAGUGACGCGUACUAGAGAACAGCAAUCACUGGAUUUACAUGCAGGUGUUCCGUGGGAAAAUGUCGUACUCACUGCAUUUGGUAGAAAUAAGUCUCUGUUUACAAAUAUUCUCGAAGAAGCUCGUCAUAUGGCUUUAAAAUCUUUGGAAGGCCGCACAAUAGUUUAUACCGCAUUGGGUUCAGAAUGGCGCCCAUUUGGUCAUCCACAAAAACCUAGGCCUUUGUCGUCAGUAGUAUUGGAAGAUGGUGUUGCAGAACGUAUUUUAAAAGACGUACAGAAAUUUAUUGAUAAACCAUAUUGGUAUAUUGAACGUGGUAUACCUUAUAGGAGGGGUUAUUUAUUGCAUGGUCCACCGGGUUGUGGAAAAACAUCAUUUAUCAAAGCAUUAGCUGGUGAACUACAGUAUGGAGUAUGUUUAUUGAAUUUGAGCGAACGUGGGCUUACUGAUGAUCGACUUAACUAUUUAAUGUCGGCUGCACCUCAAAGUACGAUUAUAUUAUUAGAAGAUGUUGAUGCAGCCUUUGGAGGACGACAUGAGUCUAAACAAAUAACUGCCGCUUAUGACGGUCUAAGUCGUGUCACUUUAAGUGGCUUGUUAAAUGCUCUUGAUGGGGCAGCUUCAUCUGAAGCAAGAAUAUUAUUUAUGACUACCAAUUUCAUUGAGAGACUGGAUCCUGCUUUAAUUCGCCCUGGAAGAGUCGAUGUCAAAGAAUAUAUUGGUCAUUGUUCAAAAUCACAAAUUGAACGAAUGUACAAACGUUUUUUCUUAGAAAAUAACAAUAACGAUCUAAUGGCAGAAGAAUUUGCAGAGACUGUUGUAAAAGCAGGAAAGCCUGCAAGUGCCGCUCAAAUUCAAGGUUAUUUUAUGUUAGUUGAAGAUAGACCCCAUGAUCACAUAGUAAAGGAAUAUCAACGUAUAUGGGAGUCAACUUAAUUAAGUAACCCAAUUUGUAGUUUUAUUAAAACGUUAUUUUUCUAUUGUUGAACAUUGCGAUCGAUUUUUAUACUGUAUCAAAUAAAUGUAAAAAAGAAAGUUAGUCACUAAUAAUAUUUAAAUUAGCAUUGAAAAUAUAUUUUAUAGAAAAACAA